AUGACUGUUGGCUCCAAUAAGCAGAACAUAUCAUUCUUCGCUAGUGGUGACAACAACGAGACCUACAUUUACGGAACAAACGGGUACUGUACAGAUACCUACUCAUCUGGAGCAUGCGUAACAUUCCGCGGCGGCGCAUACACAAAAUCCUCCACGGACAGAUCGAUCGGUAACCGAAAGAAUAGUGCAGGUUUCGAAGCGGACUGGACAGAAGAUACUCUGAGCUUUGGCACCAACACCUCGCUAUCAUCAUUUAAGUUCGGCGUGCCGAGACAGGACCUCAAUCAAGCCUUCACCAGCCAAUCUCAACUCGGCUUAGGCAGCAACUCAUCUUUUCUGCAAGCACUCUUAUCCGCCGGCGAUAUCGGCACAAGAGCAUACUCCAUAUUCUGGGGGCUAGUCGGUGGUCCCGCUGAAAAGCAGACCACAGGUUCACUUGUUCUUGGUGGCCUGGACAAAUCGUUGAUCGCGGAUCAAAACAUCAAUUUCACAGCGCCGCUGUUCCAGGGCGGAAAGUGUGGGACAGGCAUGGUGGUAACGAUAAGCGAUAUCCUUCUCAACUGGCCGAAUGGCACCGAUAUGAGCAUCUUCAUGGGAUCGCAGUCAGCGGUCAUACAAGCGUGUAUUAGUCCUAGUUUUGCAGGGCUGAUGUCCCUUCCAUUGAGAUACUACGACAACUUCCGGUCACUCGCAGGCGGAACUCCUCCAGAUGGGAGGAGCGAAGCAAGAAGUCUCGGUAUUAAUUACUUCACAAUGCUUUUCGACCCGAAUAAUGUCAUUUCUAUAAAUGUUCCCAACACCGAACUAGUCGUCCCCGACACAUAUAUCGCCGCCGAUGGCGCAGUUCAGACGAACACAUCGGUCGUGAUCAAUUCGCUCCAGUCCGAGAAUGACAACGAUCUACCAGUCCUUGGCCGACUGUUCAUGAGCUCUGCCUACGUAAUGGUCAACCAAGAAGCUGGGAGGUUCUCCGUCUGGCAAGCCAACACCGGAUCAAAGACUUCCGAAAUCGUCGCGGUGGAUAAACAAAACAACUUUGUCAGCGAGUUUUGCGCGGACUCUCCGGACGGCUCGUCAAAGACUGUACCCUUGCCUACGUCUUCUAGUACAUCUCCUCCACAAACUCAAGAGUCAAAGCUAUCGGGUGGCGCAAUUGGCGGGAUAGCUGCGGGUGCGGUGGGAGGUAUUGCUAUACUCGCCAUCAUUGGCUUCUUGUUGCAUCGGAGACGAAGAUCAGGCGACUCUGCAACAAGGAUCGCAGGGGAACAAGAUAUGGAGACUGUGGAUGUAAAAUUGCCUACGUAUAGUAUGGCGCCAGCAGGACCUCUGGAACUUCCUGUGGAACGCGUUAGACAUAGCCCUGCAACCAGGUUCUUGGGGCUUAGCAAAAAGUGGUGGCUAACUGGUAGUGGCGGCGAAGCCGUGAGUUCCUCCAUAGCUACACAAUGCAACGCAGUCCUCCUCCUCUCCUCACACCGCUACAAAUUAUCCUCUGUCGGCCCAGCGGAUUGA